AUGGAUUUUCAUUUUUUCGUUUUUUUCUUAAAUUGUAAACAGAUAGGAUACAACGGAGGAGAACCCAUAACCGAAGAAUUCUACUCGAAGAAUCUCAGCGGCAUGCAUAAUGAAGAACUCUGUCACAUUCUCUUUCCCAACUGGGAACUAAAGAAAGCCGAAAAAUUUUUAGACGACAAAGAAGCAUUGUUUCGAAGAUUGGCAGCAGAGCAGCUAAAACCCGUUGCAGGGCUCGACAAGCUGAGCAAAUGGGUAGAAGAAAACGGCUUGAAACGAGCUGCCGUUACAAAUGCUCCACGAGACAAUGCUGAGCUGAUGAUUACUAGCUCGGGCCUCGAAAAAUUCUUCCAACUGCUCGUUAUUGGAAGUGAGUGCGAAAGAGCAAAACCUUUCCCUGACCCGUAUUUGGAGGCUCUCAAGAAACUCGGAGCUUCUUCUAAGCAUGCUUUUGUCUUCGAAGAUUCUGUUUCGGGUAUAAAAGCUGGGGUGGCAGCUGGGAUGCCUGUGGUAGGUAUAGCCACAAGAAAUCCCGAGCAAGCGCUGUUUGAUGCUGGGGCUUCGCUCGUUAUAAAGGAUUAUAACGAUUCACAGUUGUGGGCUGCAUUAGAAGAGCUCGUGAAGAAGAAGGAUGAAGUGAAAGUCGAAGCGUGA